ACAAAUAGUAGAAGCAGACAUAGAGAACCAAGAAAGUUAUGGGCAGUGUUGUUGAGUACUCUCCAUUGUUUGAGACAAGAAGGGGCAGAGGAAGUCUCAUCUACAGGCCCUUUGCAAUCUCAUUAUUUGUGGCCAUAUGCUUCAUAUGGUUUUAUAGAAUUAGCCACAGCACAAAGGGUGAAGAUGGAAAAUGGGCAUGGCUUGGUAUGUUUGCUGCAGAGCUUUGGUUUGGCUUUUACUGGCUCCUCACUCAGGCCUUCAGGUGGAACCUUGUGUUCAGGCACCCCUUCAAAGAUAGACUCUCUCAAAGAUAUGAGAAAAAGUUGCCAGGAUUGGACAUCUUUGUGUGCACAGCAGAUCCAGAUAUUGAGCCACCAGUGAUGGUGAUUAACACAGUGCUAUCUGUGAUGGCUUAUGAGUAUCCAACUGAAAAGAUGAGUGUGUAUCUCUCAGACGAUGCAGGGUCAGAAAUCACGUUCUAUGCACUGCUAGAGGCAUCAAACUUUGCAAAAUAUUGGGUUCCAUUCACCAAGAGGUUCAGGGUGGAGCCCAGGUCACCUGCUGCAUAUUUUAAGAGCAUAGUCUCAUCAGCCUACCCUUCUCACUCUAGUCAAACCCAAGAGUUGGUAGCCAUUAAGAAAUUGUACGAGGAAAUGGUAAAACGCAUUGAUGAUGCAACCAAGCUGGGUGAAGUACCCAAAGAAGCACGUUUAAAGCAUAAGGGAUUUUCUCAUUGGAGUUCAUAUUCUUCUCGACGUGACCAUGACACAAUUCUUCAAAUACUGCUUCAUAAAAAGAACCCAAAUAAUUCGAAAGAUGUAGAUGGGUGUGAUUUGCCAACUCUGGCGUAUUUGGCUCGCGAGAAGAGGCCUCAAUAUUUCCACAACUUCAAAGCUGGAGCUAUGAAUUCAUUGUUAAGGGUGUCUUCGAAUAUCAGCAACGGGAAAAUCAUUCUAAAUGUAGACUGUGACAUGUACUCAAACAAUUCACAAUCUGUGAGAGAUGCUCUCUGCUUUUUCAUGGAUGAAGAGCAAGGCCACCAAAUUGCUUAUGUGCAGUUUCCUCAGAGUUUUGAGAAUGCCACCAAGAAUGAUUUAUAUGGCUCUUCUCUAAUAUCAAUUGCAGAGGUGGAUUUCCGUGGUUUGGAUGGUUGUGGUGGCCCUUUGUAUAUAGGAAGUGGCUGCUUUCACAAGAGAGAGUCUCUUUGUGGGAUGAAGUUCACUGAUCAAUACAGGAAUGAUUGGAAUAGUAAAGAAGAUGAUCAGUUUAAAGAAGCAAGCCUAGAGGAACUAGAACAACAAUCAAAAGCUCUUGCAAGCUGCUCCUACGAGGAAAACACACUUUGGGGAAAAGAGAUGGGUUUAAAAUAUGGGUGUCCAGUGGAGGAUGUGAUAACAGGAUUAUCUAUACAGUGCCAAGGAUGGAAAUCAGUGUACUACAUCCCACCAAGGAAGGCUUUCUUAGGUUUAGCUCCAACCACUUUGCCUCAAACACUUGUUCAACACAAGAGAUGGUCUGAAGGAGACUUGCAGAUUUUGCUUUCUAAAUACAGCCCUGCAUGGUAUGGUUUUGGAAGGAUCAGUUCGGGGCUCCAAAUGGGAUACUGUGCUUAUUGCUUAUGGGCACCUAAUUGUUUAGCAACACUGUAUUAUUCCAUCAUCCCUUCAGUAUACCUCCUUAAAGGCAUUCCCUUGUUUCCAAAGGUGUCAAGUCCAUGGUUCAUACCUUUUGCAUAUGUCAUUGUUGGGGAAACAACUUAUAGUUUGUUGGAGUUUUUCUUCUGUGGGGGCACAUUUCAAGGUUGGUGGAAUGACCUAAGGAUAUGGUUAUACAAAAGAACAAGCUCUUACCUAUUUGCAUGCAUUGACACCAUCUUGAAGCUUUUUGGGUUCUCAAAUUCAACUUUUAUAAUCACGGCUAAGGUUACAGAAGAAGAUGCUUUAAAACGCUAUGAGAAGGAAAUGAUGGAGUUUGGAGCCUCCUCUCCAAUGCUCACUAUAUUAGCCACUCUUGCUGUGCUAAAUUUAUUUUGUUUUCUUAGUGUGUUGAAGGAUGCAUUAAUCCUAAGAGAAGGUGACCAUGGAGUUUAUGAAACAAUGGUGUUGCAAGUUUUAUUGUGUGGCUUUUUGGUUCUCAUCAAUUUGCCUAUAUACCAAGGACUUUUCUUAAGGAAGGACAGUGGAAGAUUGCCUAGCUCUGUUGCAAUCAAAUCAAUAAUAUUGGCUGUUGGUGUAUUCAUCUCCUACAGCUUGUCAUGACCAAACUCAAGAAAGAUUACAACAAAAAUUGAAGAUUGAGCUUAAGUUUUUAUACAUUUACUUAAUCUUUAAUUAUUAAGCUGACAUUAGUGGUUCAAAUAUAAAUUCAUAUUAAAUAUAAAGGAAAUUUUAACUCUCUUUUUUAUAUUAAUAAUGUGGUAUAUAAUUAGUUGUGUAUGACAUUAUAUAUAUAAUUUAUGUUAUUAAUUGCUAGCAUUU